UAACUUGGCGAGUUGUCGCUAGUCUGAUAUAAAUCCAAGUUGAUGUUUACAUGUUUUAUUUACGCGUUCAAGUUUUUUGACCACAAAGAUAUGCAACUUGCAUAGUGAAUUAUUUUAAAAUCUUCAACAACCUAGAAACAAUAUGUCCUCCGAUGAAAAGCAAAAACGUAAACGGUGGAGUGUGCGCGAAACAAAAAGCUUACUAAAAUGUUAUUUGGCUCAUAAAGAUGAGUUUGUUCACCACGGAAAAAAGAGGUUGGCAUAUACACAUGUUUUGGAAGACAUGAUAGCAGAUGGUUUCUCGGAUCCAUCGGCAACGGUAAUAACAUUGGAAAACAAAAUACGGAGUUUACAUUCCACAUAUAAAACUGCGAAAGAAAAUGAAGCCAAAACCGGCGUAUCGCCUAACAAUACCCUGUGUAUGGCGGAAAUGGAAGAAAUUUUUGGAGAUAUGGAUUCCGGUUCCAAUGAUCAUAGGCUUCAAAUGGGCAUAAACAGUGGAAAUGCAUUUACAAUGUCACCAACAGAUACCGUUUUUACAGCGCAUAAUGUAUUAAUACCAGAUCUAUCUUAUCCGGAAUUACAUAUAAAAUCAUCACCGCCUUCGUCUCCUUCGCCACAACUCGAACUUAAAUCGUCACCACCAUCUUCUCCUUCUUCAUAUACCCCUAUGAAAUCACCAACGCUACCAACUCCAUUACCUCAAACACAGUCUGCAUCUGCAUCAUUACCGCAAGUUUCAAAUCGACGUCGUCGUAGGAAAACCGCUCGGGAAAUUUAUUAUGAGCAGAAAUUAAAGAUCAAACAAAAGUUGGCGGAAAAUAAAAUUGAGGAGAGAAGAAGGCUAAAUCAAUCUAUUCUUGAGGUACUUAAGGAUGUUGAAAAGAAAAAGUUAGAGAUGCUGAAGGCGUAUUUAAAGUAGUCUAUUUAUUAAAAACGUUUGGUGAAUGUUUUCCUAAAAGGAUUAAAUUGUUUUGAAAGUUUAAUAAAUGAUAAAACAAAUGA